GCUCCAGAUGCUCCAGCAAGCUCAGAUCUUCCCCACUUAAUCGUUCCGUACCAAGCGCCUCUGUGCUUUCUCCAUUCAUAUCCCCUCCUUUCUCCUUAGUAAACCCAGCCCCACUGUGGGUGUGGAAAACCUCCUCUCUCUCCGCCCCCUUUUGGGGCCUGCCUUCCCAGACAUCCUCCUUAGGAAUACGGACACAACGCUUAGCUUGAUUUGUAUCAAAAAGAAGAAACCCAAAAUUAAGGAUUCUGGGGAUCUGCUCCUUUCCGGACCGCCGUCGUUCCCCAUUCUUUCUGCAGGUUUCCAACUGGGAAGUUUAAACAAGCCUCUCUACUAAACGCCCGGAAAAGAUGAAUAUAUUCCGCUUCCUAGGAGACAUUUCUCAUCUAUUAGCUAUAAUCAUCUUGCUGUUGAAGAUCUGGAAGACGAGAUCAUGUGCUGGGAUUUCUGGAAAGAGCCAAGUUCUCUUUGCCAUUGUCUUCACUACUCGGUACCUAGAUUUAUUUACCAACUACAUCUCCUUGUACAACACAUCCAUGAAGGUGGUUUACAUUGCGUGCUCUUAUGCCACGGUAUGGAUGAUCUAUAGCAAAUUCAAAGCCACCUACGAUGGCAACCACGAUACUUUCCGGGUGGAGUUUCUGGUUAUUCCCACAGCAGUGUUAGCCUUCCUAAUGAACCAUGAUUUCACUCCUCUGGAGAUUCUUUGGACGUUUUCCAUCUACCUUGAGUCAGUGGCUAUCUUGCCACAACUCUUUAUGGUUAGUAAGACGGGUGAGGCAGAGACCAUCACAAGUCACUAUCUCUUCGCCUUGGGUGUCUACCGUGCUCUCUAUCUAUUCAACUGGAUCUGGCGUUAUCAGUUUGAGGGCUUCUUUGACCUCAUUGCCAUUGUGGCUGGCUUGGUGCAAACUGUACUCUAUUGCGAUUUCUUCUACCUCUACAUUACAAAAGUUCUAAAGGGCAAGAAGUUGAGUUUGCCAGCAUAGUACUGAGACCAUAACAAGAUCCUUUGAUUGAGGAAGAAGCUGAAGAGAAUUAUCACAGGAAGUUAACAACAUGCAGAAGUUCUGAUUUUUAAAAAACAAAUGAACCACCACGUUAAUCACGUUGGUCUAUACUUGACCGUGAACUUUUAUCUAAGGGAGUGUGAUUUGGGACAAAACAAUGAUGGUCCUUUUGUUCAAGAGACUGAUGCAUAUGGGGGGUGAGAUGAGGUAUGAAUUUAGUGUAUAGAUUUCUCCAAAGGUAUUUUUGAUCAUUCUUUUCCUCCCUUUCUGUUGCUCUUGACUCUUCUUAUUUUGUUGAUGAACCAGCACAGGUAGGAAAUACACUUUUUUCCCCCUUUUUAAAGAAAACUGGGCAUCUUUUCUUACUUUAGAUUCACAUUUUGGAUUGUUAUGCUGACAACUGUUAAAAUCUGAACUUUUUCAUUUGCAAGGGGCCUAGUACUAUCUGAAUAACCAGCUGGAAACACAAAUUUAAUCUCAGAUUCCUUCAGACAGUGGUUUUUGGAGGAUCAUUUUCUUGAGUAGUCAGACAAGUGACUACAAGUGACCUUUAAAUAUUGUCACUCCUUACUCCUGUACAUUUGAUGAUUUCUUCAUCCACUUGAAAUAGAAAAAUAAACAACUCCUCCUCCCCCACUAAUUAGUGCCUUUGUGGGAGGGUUGGGAAUUUAAAUAAAGAGAAUUUUUUUUGUU